CUGAUUGGCCAAAUAAACAUGGCAGCUUCAAAACAACCCAAUUCCCUUUAAUAUUGUCCACUUUUUUCUUUCAUCUUCCUAGAUCUGAACAAACUCUUUUUUUCAUACCCUUCAAAAUCAUGCGUGGAUUUUUUAUUACAUUGACCAUAGCAUUUUGUCUUUUUGCUACCAUUAAUGCCCUCAGUGUGGAUAUUCAACCUCAUAGUGAAGAAUGUUUCUUUGAAGACUUGGAUGUAGGAGACAAACUUACCGUGUCCUAUCAAGUUGGAGAAGGUGGUAAUUUGGAUAUUGAUUUCAUGAUCAUUGAUCCCGAAGAUAAUCUGAUUAAAAGUACUGCUAGAGAAUCCGUUGGAAACCAUGUCGUCACAGCAAACAAAAAGGGCAAAUAUACUUAUUGCUUCAGUAAUGUAAUGUCCUCUGUUACUGCCAAGUCCAUCAAUUUCAAUGUACAUGAUAUGGAACGUAUUCAAGAAACUGCCAAAACACAUAUUGAUCCUAUUGAACGCGAAAUCCGGGAAUUGGCUGAAAGUAUCUUUGCUAUCAAAGAUGAACAAGAAUACCUUGUAGCACGUGAACGUCAACAUCGUGAUACUGCUGAAAGUACCAAUGCUCGUGUCAAAUGGUGGUCUAUUGGUCAAUUGACAUUAUUGGUAGCUGUUUGUUUCUGGCAAGUCUUCUAUCUUAAACGCUUCUUUGAAGUCAAACGUGUGGUAUAGUUUUCUGUCCCCAUCCAAAAAUAAAACAUUCAAUUAGUUUAGGUUCAUUUUUUUUUAUUAUUACAUUUUGAUAUCACCUUAAAAUAAAAUAUAUGGAAAUGUAUGUAUGAUGA